UUAAGCAGCAGAAGAUGACUAAGGUUUGUUUUCUUUUUCUUUCUCUUUUCUUCUUUCUUUUCUGUGUGUUAUUUGUUUGGAUGAUGGGGGUGUAUGAGGGCAAGAUUUGCUGACAGGGUCUUUCUUUUUCUUUUUCUUUAUUAGAAACUUACGGCUGGGUUGGUCUCGAAGACGGAGCGGAAUCUUGCGCAGAAGGCGGGACAUUUGGAGUUGCUUGCUGGGGGGAAGAAGGAUAAGAAGAAAGAGAAUGGGAAUAAGGGUGGGAAAUAAUUGUUUGGAACAUGGGGUGGUGGAUGGAUUCUUUCACAAUUUUCUGGGCUUUCUGGGCAUGUUUCUUCCUCCUCGGACAAAUAGAGAUGGGUGGUGUGAGAUUUUGGGAAGACGAUGGUUGGCUGGGGUUUUGUUCGAUAGUAUACUAUAGCGAUAUGAGUAAUGAUAUUAUAGAUACCCUAUUGAACUGCGGUUGAGUCCUGUGAAGCAUGUAGAAGAAGAGUAUGUCUAU